AUGGCUACCCAGUCAGGAAUCACCGCUUCGGAGUCGCUUCUCCAAGAAUUCAAAUCUUUGAAUAAUGGAGCGCUUGUCAUCACUCUCAAUUCAGAAAGUACUCAAUUGGUGCCUGACAAUUCAUACAAGCUGCCUUCAUCAGGCGAUCUCUCGCUGGUGUUUGAGAGCUUGAACGAAUACUUUGGGGCACAGUAUCCAACACCAGGCUACGCUGUGAUACACACACCAGAGAGUGGCUUUAUCUUUAUAAGCUUCAUUCCAGACUCUGCUCCAAUCAGACAGAAAAUGUUGUUUGCGUCCACCAAGAACACUCUCCUUCAACAAUUGGGCUCUAGUAACUUUGGUACGAAGAACAUCUUGGCACUCACAGAAGUGGAGGAAUUGGAUUUACUCCAUUAUAAGCAUUUGACACAGGGGCUGAAUGAGAGUCUUUUGACUGAAGAGGAGAGGGUACUUGCUCAGAUCAAUUCGGUUCAGAACCUCAAUUUAGGACAGCCAACCUCACAAUCAUUCAAGAGAGAAUUACCAUCGAUGCACUCUGGAAGUGCACUGCCUUCUUCUUCAGGCUCAAACUUGCUUUUUAAAAUGGAUCCUGAGCUCGAAAAGUCACUUCUGGGUGACUUCUUGGGCAAAUUGGUUGUUAUUAGAAUCGAUAAGGACACUGAGACGCUUGUAUUGAUAGGAUCCGAGUCUGAUGUGACGCCUCAAACUCUCAUAAGCUCUUUGGAGAAGGUGGUUGGUGCGUCAGAGACAUCACCAAUCUAUGCUUUGUUUGGACAUGACACAGAUAAAGUUGCUUUUGUAUACCUGUGUCCUUCGGGCUCGAAGGUGAAAGACAGGAUGUUGUACGCCGCUAACAAGCAAGGCUUUCUUUCACACCUCAAAUCCGACAACUUGAAAGACAAGCAACUAGAUGUCGUUCUUGAAGUUGGCGACUUGGACGAAAUUGAACUCUCCAAGUUAGAGAAAGAAGCCCCCGCCUCAACUACGCAAACCAAUAGUGGAAUGAGAUUCUCGAAGCCAAAGGGCCCAAGAAGGAGAUAG